GAGACCUCCGUCGUCACUUGGCGAUGACUCUCCUCUCUUCCUCCUCUAGCUACAACUACAACUUCCUCUAGACAUGUCUCUCUUGUGCGAUUUAUUCGUGCCUCUCUAUUCAACACUCUAGACCUCCCUUUCUGUUUUUGUGCUCGGUCUCUCUCUUCGCAACCCCUCGCACUCCCUCUGCUGAGCAGUGACUGGACUUCAUCCCUUUGAUUUUCUCGUUACUCGUGUUUUCUCUCAGCGCUUGUGACCUUUUGUUUCGUCUCCUUUUUCCGAUUAUUUUCCCACCCAGGCUGCCUAUUUUUUAAGCCAAAACAACCAGCCGUUAUGUCGGCCCAAUCUCCUCAUCCUCCCUCUUCCAAGGGCGCUCGGAAUAACAACAAUAACAACAUCAACAACAAUCACCGAAGACCCUCGAAGAAGAUGACUAUUCCGCAUCCACAACACUCUCUGUUGAGCACCCCGCCAUCUUCACCCCCGCGCAACAUGAGCCCGGCUGGAGUCACCACCGAUUCAUCGGUCAACGUCCAAACCAAGAAGAAGCCUCCACGCUCGGGAAAGAAACCUCCGCCUCGCAGCGGCCAUGGAGUUUCGCCCGCCCCGAAUCAGAAUGGGCAUCGACACACCAAUUCGCAACCCAGCGUGGUGACUCCAGCGAAAGACAACGCGGCGGCCUAUGCAGGUCCAACCUUCCAUGCGUCACCCGCCCCAUCCGCACUGCCCAUUCCGAGCUUCUUCUCCAAGUCUUUCCCUGAAUCCGAUCUCGCGCCGACUCUGGAGACCGACAGCGACAAUGCGGAGAUGGAACCCGAUCUCGAGACCACGCCUUCCAAGCCGCGUGCUGCGCGCCCGCAGACUGCGGCCACGACUCAGGCGGCGCAACCUUCACCCCUCGAUUUCCUUUUCAAGGCUGCUGUGCAGGCUCGAACCUCCAAUACUAUGAGUAGUCCUGAGGCCGCCGCCCGUGUGCGCUCGCCGCAGACCGAUUCCAAAGUGUUGCGUUCAAACGCAAACCACACACCCGGUGGGAUGUUCCCGAUGGACUUGGAAACUGAGCGUGCGCGGGCUUCGCCAAUCGGUCCCUCGUUUGCGCCUUCGUACCAAGAUCGCAUGAAUGCGCUGCGAUCUUCCAGUUCCCCGUCUCAGUCACCUAGUCCUGCUCUGGGUGCUACUACAGAAGACCAAAACCGUCUGAAGACCGAGCAGUUGAAAUACAUGUUGUUGAACCCGCGGCCUCAGGAGCCACCCUCCUCAUCAAACUCUCCGCCAUCUCAGACUCAGCCUGGCCACUAUGGAGCUCCCCAUCUUCCUCGACCCAACAUCAAUUCGACCGUCCCUCACUACGCUACUCCUAUGCGCACGUACUCGGGCCCUCCGGCGCAAGGCUAUUCGCCCGUCGGUCCACCACAUGCGGGGCACAUCGACAACAGCCUCCAUGCCAACGCCGGUCGUCCUUCGUACCCUUACACCCAGGCCAAUGGCUCCCAGCCGUUCCGGAAUACGAACUCGCCUCUGAGACGCGAAGUCCCCGGAGUUAAUGGCUACACCAAUGGCUAUCGUAAUGGUUACUACAGCAACGGUCACUCUUCCGGUCAAUCGUCGCCUGCACCCUAUGGGAAUCAACAUUAUGCGGCGACUGCUCCCGCUCCUGUGCAGCACCAGAGCGGCUUUAUCUCUCCACAGCCGCAGUACACCCAGGCAGCCUUUCCCCUGUCGAUCAAUUCUCCAUCUCCUCCGGCUUCCCGGCCGAUUGAUACCAAGAAGAUGGAGGAUGACUUGCGACGAAUCCUAAAGCUGGAUGCUACUCAAGCUCCUGGGCCUGGCCUUCCAUCUAGUGGCAUGCAAAGUUCAUUUACUGCUUAGCUUUCAUGUCCUUGUUUCUUCUCUUUUUUUUGAUUUUCUGAUGAAGGAGGCCAUUCUAUAAGGGCGAUGAUAUGGACGUGAUUUUUUCUUUUGCACACUUGUCUUUUUCAACACACUCCUGCUUUCAUAGAGGGCAUGGGUGUCUUCUAUCUGCCAUGUCUUUUUUCUUUGUUGUUUACGGCUUCAUGCAUCGGUUUCACAGGCGGUUUGCAUCACUUUCAUGGACUGGGUUCAUGACUGUCUUUGUUUUCUCGUGUUACCCUCGGCGGCUCACACUUUGAUCUUUUUCCUUGUCCAUCUCCCAUCUAUUCUUUGGCAAAUGACGUUUCGUUUCCUAUGUCCCCCGCCUUUUUUUCCCCUUCGCUUCAACGUCUACGACCUCUUCUUGCCACAUGAUGACAAUGGUACUCGGUCGGGCGGUGUUUCCCAUGAUGCAUCGGUUUCGGGUUUCGGGUUUCGGGUUUCCAGUGGAAGUUCAUCAACUUCGGUUUCGGUCUUGGCUGCCUUCGGUUUGGGCUCGGUUCGGGUUUAGUUUGACGAAGCCGAGCCGCUUCGUUUGCAUCGGUCGGAGUCGGGAUCCUGCAAUGCACUGCGCUUAUUCUGAAUUUGCACGUAUUUGCCUAGCUAGUUGGGCGCUCGAGAGCAUGGAUUGUCUCUCUGCCUGACCAGCGGCUGCGAUUGUAAUUGCUGUCGCAUGCAUAAGUGCAGGCUCGCUUGGUGCUUCAUCUCAGCGAGACCGUCAUUCUCUCGCUUUACUUUGUUCAUGUCUGCUUUUUGUUUUUUUUCCUGCCUUUUUUGUGUGUUGAGUGCCUGGCGUAAGGGAUGAUUGACUGUUUCUUCGGUUGGUCUUUUCAGCGCUAUACACUCUCGUGUAGUUUCCCUUCGUUUGCCACCUAGACUCUGUUUCGGUCAUGGCUUUCUGAUUGUCUUGAUCUUCGGUUUCUUGUCUGUUGCGAAUAAAAUUCGCGUCCACUCGUUUGAAUGUGCCGGUUGGUGGACAUUCUCUUCGUAGCGCCUGUUUGUAGGUGGUAGGGUAUCUCGGUAUUCUUGAGAACCUCAAUCGGAUAGCGUAGAUAAGG